CAAGGAUCAGCAAUUCGUUCGCUCCAAAACGCGUUCGUGUCCUUUCCGGGAGCCGCAACGCCAGGCUUUUUGUUUGGGAGGCUUGGUCUGUUCUUUUUUGCGGCUCACACUUGCCCGACUGCCCGACCGAGUCUGCAAAGCUUGUCAGCAGUCAUUGACAGCUUCGGGCUCCUUUGCUCCUCGAGAAGCGAUCCAACGGCUGCUGCUACGACCACAGCCUCAACUCUGCGAUAUCGAAAUCGAUUGAUUGAUUGACUUGCGCUGCAGCUGGACAAGCUGCGAUACGGAUAGCGCUUCCAAAAUGCCGCUCAACCUUUUUCGCGUGGCCGGGGACAUGUCCCAUCUGGCAUCCAUCUUCAUCCUCUUGCACAAGAUCGUGCAACUUAAGAGCUGCUCCGGCAUCUCGUUCAAGUCGCAAUUACUGUACCUGAUCGUCUACAUCACAAGAUAUCUCGACCUUCCGUGGACGCCGUCCCCCUACAACUUCAUCUUCAAGAUCCUCUUCAUCUCGUCCCAGCUCUACAUCAUCUACCUGAUGGCGCGGGCGUACCGGCCGACCAACGACCCGAACCUGGACACGUUCCGGGUGGAGUACCUGCUGGGCUUUGCGGCCGUGCUGGCGGUGCUGUUCCCGGUGCGGUACACGGUGCUCGAGAUCUUCUGGGCCUUCUCGAUCUGGCUCGAGUCGGUGGCGAUCCUGCCGCAGCUGUUCAUGCUGCAGCGCACCGGCGAGGCCGAGGCCAUCACGGCGCACUACCUCUUCGCCCUCGGCACCUACCGCGCCCUGUACAUCCCCAACUGGAUCUACCGCUACGUGACCGAGCCGACCCACAAGAUCGACACCAUCGCCGUCGUCGCCGGCGUGCUGCAGACCGUGCUGUACAGCGACUUCUUCUGGAUCUAUUACACCAAGGUGAUGAAGGGCGAGAAGUUCAAGCUGCCUGUUUAAAUGUUAGGGAGGGAUUCUGGGACGGGGGCGCAGUGGGGCGUUGUUGAGGAAGGGACUCUUGAGUGGGAGGGACGCGGUGGAAACGAAUGUGUGAU